CUUUUAAACAAUUAAAUGGAUAAUGUAAAAAGUGAACAUAUAAAAUCUCAAUGUCCUCUUUUAGUGUUUUAAGAUACAAGUCCCAGAUUAAAAGGACCUUUAUAUUAUAAAAAACUUCACUUAAAAUCAAAUGAAUUUCUUAUAACAAAUGAAACCCAAAAACAAUACAUUGAAAAAACAUGGAGAAUUUAAAUGAGACCAUUGUUAAUACCUGAUUUAAUGGGAAAGAGUCAAAUAUAAAUUACAAAAUAAAAAUACAGAAAUAGAUAAAAGAAUCAAAGAUCAUAGAGUUGUGAUGAAAAGAUCCAUGGUUUAUAUGGAAGUAAAUGGCGUAGAUUAGUUUGUUAAGGAUUGUUCUAUGUGAAAUAGUUUAGACAUAAAUAAAUAAUAUAUCGAUUUAAGAUAUAUGUAAGAGCAGUUUAACUUGUUUUAACUUUCUUUAAAUUAAAGAAAUUGAGAACAUAACACUAAAAGAAUAGUAAGAGAAUUUCCAAACCAAGAAUAUCAAUAGCAAAAUUAAGAAAACAUUCAGGAUAAUCAACAUUAAUAUCACUUCCAUAAUUUUAUUAAAAUGAUGCAUUAUAAAUGUGGCAUCGAUUUUAAAAUGAAUCUAGAUCUGAAAUACAUAGUCCAUUUUAUAAAUCAAUUUAGAAAACUCCUUCUCAAAUCAAUUUCGACAAUUUUUUAAAACGACCAAUAUAAUAAUUUAUAAGAAAUAAGAAUCUUUGUUCAUUAUCAGAACAUAAAUCAGCCUAACCAAGUAAGAGCACUUGUAAGACAGAAUAUAAUUUAAAACGAUUUGCCAGUAUUUAAAUACAGAACCGUAAACUAUAAAUGUCUCAAGCAUAUUAGAUUCUACAUUGAUACUAG